AUGUCACAGAAUCCGUUACUUGCACCAAUCUACCCUUUGGAUCAGCAUCCUGAGUUUACGCGUAUGGAUCCUGUCGAUCAAUCCAAUAUGCACGCUAUGCUCAAGUAUCAGAAAUACAUACAACAAGGUAUGGAAAGCUGUGCAUUCAAGACCGUGUUGUCUGCAGGCGCUGGGUUCGGUCUUGGUGCUUUCUUCAGCUUAGUGUCUUCUUCAUUCGCAUUCGACGACCCUUUCAGCAGAACUUCUGAGCUUUCGAGGCAACAGAAGGCCAAGGAGUUGUUUAAGGAUAUGGGUAAAUCAAUGUACAGGCAGGGUAAAGGAUUCGGUGCUGUUGGUGGUCUAUUUGCCGGUAUAGAAUGUUGUAUUGAAGGCUAUAGAGGUACUAAUGACCUCUACAAUUCAGCUUCGGCUGGUUUCUUGUCCGGUGCCAUAUUAUCUAGAAAUGCAGGCGUUAAGGCAGCGUUUGGUGGUGGAUUUGCAUUUGCUGCAUUCAGCACAGCUAUUGACACGUAUAUGAGAAGUGCACCGGCGGAUAAUGACUACUAA